AAAAAAAAAGUCAAGUGCGCUGUCAAAUGUCAAAUGUCAAUCGUUUUGUAAAUUUUUUAUUAAAUGUUGACAAACAAGAUUUCGGUUGUGGAAUGUGGAUAUAGGAUUCGGUUGUAUAUAACUGGAUUCAUGUAUUCUGUGGAGAAGCUAAUGCUUUUCAUCCUUAAUUAUCAACAAGAGAACAUUUCAAAGAUGAACAAACUACCAGACGAAAUAUUAUUAAUGAUUUUCGAUUAUCUACCGCCUCGAAUAUUGUAUUCAAUUGUAUCAAAAGUUUGUCGAAGAUGGAAAAAUAUGGUGUCUCACAGGGUGAUAACGAUGACUAACUACAGUAAAAUAUUAAAUAUGAACAAGGGAGUCGUGGCUGUUUUUGCUCCUCUCGAUCAGAUCAGCAUUCAAAUUCAAUUACCUAUUGAAAUUGCGAUAAAACUUCACACAAUGAAUAUUCGAGAGCUGAUACUGAAUGACAAUUUUCCAAUAGAACCAAACCAAAUUUAAAUGGGUGUAAAUGGAAGGCAGCAGCUUUCAAAUAAAAAAAUAAUCAUCAGAAUUGGUUGAUCCAGUCAAGUUCUGAGGAGAAAUAUUCAUGAAAUCUUUGCACUCCAUCAAAACCCUCCGUCACUUGGAUGUUUUCGCAUUGAGUGAUCUUCACACGGGCUACCUUCCACCACCACAAGUCAACUCUAUUGUCCUGAAUAACAACAUCAGACCUGAUUAUUUGAUAAACUUAGCACCAUAUAAACAAAUAAAGGCUCUGCAUAUGUAUGGCCAGAGUCAUAACUACAUAUUAAGCAAAAUGAGAUUGGUCAUUCGGUUACAUUCCAAACAUUUAACACAUUUAACUCUUAUAUGCCAUGGAAUAAAAGAUCGGAGGUGGAAAGUAAUCGGCCAGUGCACCAACCUGCUUCAACUUCACAUGUAUACGUGCUCGUCAGUUACAGCUAAGGGUGUAGUACACGUGAUGCGGCUGCCCAAGCUGAAAGUGCUGCACAUCACGGGCUGCACGAUUUUGCGUCCAACUGCGCUCGCCAGGGGGAUCCGCCAGCUAUCCCACAGUUUAGUGGAGCUGAACCUCAGCGCCACUCCUUUCAGCGAGCUGCACAUCCCAGUGCUCGUGACAACUGUGCCCCGACUGCGGAGGCUGGAGCUGUGGAGCUGUGGCCUCACACCCGAGGGCGUGCUCCAGCUGGCCGCGGGGCUGGCGCAGCUGGUGGACCUGGACACGGAUGUGACGCUCAGUAGGGACCACUUGGCGCGGCUGGCGGAACAUCCAGCUUUGAAAGAGCUGAGGUGUGUGUAUAAGGAGCCGAUAGAGUCGAAGCUGCGGGUGCGCUCGGUGAGGGGCGCGUUCGGGCGGCGCGGGGGGGCGGCGCGGGGGGCGCGCGGGGCGGUGCGGGCGUGCGGGCAGGGCCCCGCCGCCGCCGCCUUCCUGCACGCGCUCGCCUACAGCCCCGCCGACGGCCUCACGCUGCCCUGACAGCCGACAGCCGACAGCCGCCCCCGACCAACUCGUCUUUAGGUGCGGGAUGCGGGAGUCGAGCACGCUUCUGCACGAAUGGGGCCAGCUCGCACCGGGGGACUACCAUACCCCAACGGAAAACCGAACAUCCUUCUUUUUCCGCCUUUUUGCCGUACAGGAAGGGUUUAUGAGUUCGUGGGCAAGGGGAUUGGGGUGACACGACAGGCGAUCAGCGUAUUUCUUUUUAUGUUUCUCUAUUUCUGCUUGUACAGUCGGAACAUUUAAAUAUUGAUGAAUCUCCACAUUUUUGGAAAACCAGGGGGCACUUGUGAUGGUGGAAUAAUAUUACAGGAGACUUAGAGUCAUCAUGUUUCUUGUAAAUUUCCGGAUUAUUAAUUGCUGCAUGUCUUAUUUGUCUUAUUUCACGUUUGAUCAGUAUAGGCAAUAGUUGUAACAAAGAACCCGACUAAUGGCUAAUUCGUGUUGACAUGGCAAACGAUAUGGUAGAUUUCAUUAUCACUAAACAAGUGUGUACCCACAUAGCUGUGCUCGGACACUGCUUGUAUAUGCAACAUUUCAUGCUUGUGUGUUGUUGUUUUGUUUCUUCUUUCAUCCCCUUCAUAAAUAAUAUAUUCAUAAAUAAAAUAAAUAAAAAUGUUAUACCUAUAAGAAUCUCUAUCUCUAAGAAUAUGCUCUGUUUUGAUAGUGAAUUAUUGUAAAUUAAAUAAAUUUUUACUUUUG